UAUCGAUGAUGAUGAACAAGGGGAUGACCAUACACUAAACAUGUUAAGUAACGAGGGCAUUCCUUCCCUAGAGGUAUUUUCAGAUGAUAACAUAGUAGCACUAGAUAAGUGGAGUAAGAAAUUCAUGGAAAGAAUUAAAGUGUAUGGGGCAAGGCUUUCUGAAGAAGAAAAGCUCAACCGCCUCUCUAUCUUUUUGGACGAUACUCCCAAACAAAUAUUUGAGGAAUUAAGUCCCGCAAAGCGAACCACUUGUGAACAGGCAUUAAAAAGCAUAAGAGAAGAGCUUGACUCUCCUCAGCGUAGGUCACUUUCACGACAGGCUCUAUUAAUUUGUAAACAGCAGGAAAAUGAAACAGUCAAGGAAUUUUUGACAAGAUUCAGACCUCUAGCGUUGGCAACAGCAGUGGACAUGGCUGGUACUCAUCGUGAACGUUAUCUAUGUGAUCUUCUACUGGAAAGGCUUCUCCCUAAUAUUGCUUUCUGUAUGAAACUCCUCAACUUUACUCAGAACAACCGUGGAUUUGAGCAACUUUGUAUGGAUGCUAGGGAAGUAGAAAUUAUGAUCCCAGGCAGAAGUAAUCCGUUAUUCCCAACAGCAAGUGUCAAUGAGAUGCAGGAAGUGAAUCAGUACGUAGGUUCUCAGGGUCCUUCGGGACGUUUUAAAACUUUAAAUCCAAUUAACUCGAAUAGAGUACAACCUCGUGAAGGUUGGAGAUUUAACCAAACUAAUGAUCGAAACUUUAAGAAUCGACAAAUCAAUCAACAACGAAGCUGGUCUAGGCCAAAUCAAAGAAUGAACAACUGGAACCGCAAUCCCUCGAAUGAUCGCCGAUGGAACAACAGACCAAUGUGCAAUUAUUGCUCCCGUACAAUAUGA